AAUUUGAAUUAAAAAAUAACUGAUAAGCUUAUUAAUUUAUUACUAUCUUUAUAUACAUAUACAUGCUUGUUUAUCAUUUUCAUUUCAUGCACUGAUCAAGAUCAAUUAUAUAUUGUAUUCAACUCUAUAAUAUUACCUUCAGAUUAAUGGUUUUUUCAGCAGAUUAGUUAAAGCAGUAAUCAAGAAUGCUGGGGAACGGAGUAGUUGGAAUUCUCGCAGAGUCAGUUAACAAAUGGGAAAGAAGGGUUCCUUUAACCCCGUCGCAUUGCGCGCGGCUUCUACAUAGCGGCAAGGAUAAAACCGGGGUGGCUCGCAUAGUUGUGCAGCCGUCUACGAAGAGAAUUCAUCAUGAUGCAAUGUAUGAGGAUGUUGGCUGUGAGAUUUCUGAUGAUUUGUCUGAAUGUGGUCUCAUUUUGGGCAUUAAACAGCCAAAACUUGAAAUGAUCCUUCCUGAUAGAGCGUAUGCAUUUUUUUCGCAUACUCAUAAGGCACAAAAGGAAAAUAUGCCUUUGCUUGAUAAGAUUCUAGCAGAAAGGGUAUCGCUAUAUGAUUAUGAACUUAUCGUCGGAGAUCAUGGGAAACGGCUGCUCGCUUUUGGGAAAUAUGCUGGCAGAGCAGGACUUGUUGAUUUCUUCCAUGGGCUAGGACAGCGGUACCUGAGCCUUGGGUAUUCAACACCAUUCCUGUCAUUGGGAUCAUCUUACAUGUAUUCUUCCCUGGCUGCCGCCAAAGCUGCCGUAAUUUCUGUGGGAGAAGAGAUAUCAACUUUUGGAUUGCCAUCAGGAAUUUGUCCUCUGGUAUUCAUAUUCACUGGCUCCGGAAAUGUUUCUCAAGGUGCACAAGAAAUUUUUAAACUUCUUCCUCAUACUUUUGUCGAACCAAGCAGAUUACCAGAACUAUUUGCACAAGCCAGCGAUCCAAGUCACCCUUUAAGGAGAUCAAAGAGAGUGCACCAAGUAUAUGGUUGUGUUGUGACUAGUCAAGACAUGGUUGAACACAUCGAUUCUUCCAAAACGUUUGAUAAAGCCGACUACUAUGCACAUCCAGAACACUACAAACCAAUUUUUCAUGAAAAAAUUGCUCCAUAUGCAUCUAUUAUUGUCAAUUGCAUGUACUGGGAGAAAAGAUUUCCCCGGCUGUUGAGUGCCCAGCAACUUCAAGAUCUAACGAGGAAAGGGUGCCCUCUUGUCGGAGUUGCUGAUAUAACUUGUGACGUUGAAGGCUCUAUUGAGUUUAUUAACCAAAUCACAUUAAUUGAUAGUCCAUUCUUCAGAUAUGAUCCCUUAAAUGAUUCUUACCAUCAGGACAUGGAAGGGAAUGGUUUGAUAUGUUCUUCUGUUGACAUUCUUCCUACAGAAUUCGCGAAGGAGGCUUCUCAACAUUUUGGAGACAUACUUUCCCAAUUUAUUGGCAGUUUGGCUUCUAUAACUGACAUUAACAAGUUACCUUCACAUUUAAGGAGAGCCUGUAUAGCCCAAGGAGGAGAAGUUACUCCCUUGUUUGAAUACGUUACACGCAUGCGAAACUCCGAUAUGGAGGAUAUGCCAGAGCAUUCAGCAAAUUCACAUAGCAAGAAGAAAUUUAAUAUACUGGUAUCUCUGAGUGGUCACUUGUUCGAUCAGUUUUUGAUAAACGAGGCUUUAGAUAUUAUUGAAGCUGCUGGUGGCGCCUUUCACUUGGCCAAAUGUCAUGUGGGUCAAAGUGCUGAUGCAACUUCAUACUCAGAACUCGAAGUUGGCGCAGAUGAUAGGGAAGUUCUGGAUCACAUUGUUGACUCUUUGACAUCCCUUGCUAAUUCAGAUGAAAAUCAAGGACACUUAAACAAGGAAGCAAACAAAAUUUCAUUGAAGGUGGGGAAAGUUCAUGAAAACGGCAGUAAAAAAGACUAUGAUAUGAAAAGAAAGACUUCAGUUCUAAUCAUAGGCGCAGGCCGCGUCUGUCGACCAGCUGCUGAGUUCCUGGCAUCAGUAGGGAGCAUUUCAUCUCAUGAAUGGUAUAAAGCUUGCUUAGAUACUGAUUUUGAAGAGCAGAAUGAUGUGCAAGUCAUAGUUGCAUCUCUCUAUCUAAAGGAUGCUGAAGAGAUUGUUGAUGGAAUUCCCAAUGCAACUGCAGUUCAGCUUGAUGUGAUGGAUCAUGAAAGUCUUUGCAAGUAUAUCUCACAGGUUGAAGUUGUUGUGAGCUUACUUCCUCCUAGUUGCCACCUUGUCAUAGCAAAUGAAUGUAUCAAGCUUAAAAAACAUCUCGUCACUGCUAGCUAUGUUGAUGAUUCUAUGUCAGCAUUAGAUGAAAAGGCAAGAGCUGCUGAUAUUACAAUUCUUGGUGAGAUGGGCUUGGACCCCGGAAUAGAUCAUAUGAUGGCAAUGAAGAUGAUCAAUCAAGCUCACGUUCGAAAGGGGAGAGUGAAGUCGUUUACCUCUUAUUGUGGGGCUCUUCCAUCUCCUGCAGCCGCAAAUAACCCCCUAGCAUACAAAUUCAGCUGGAGCCCUGUUGGAGUCAUCCGAGCUGGACGCAAUCCUGCCACCUAUAGAUCUCAUGGUGAAAUUAUAAAUGUAGAAGGUGAUAAACUUUAUGAGUCGGCUUUCAAACUUCGUCUGCCGGAUCUUCCAGCGUUUGCCUUGGAAUGUCUUCCAAAUCGCAACUCUCUAGUUUACGGCAAAGUUUAUGGAAUAGAAGAUGCAUCAACUAUCUUCCGAGGAACCCUCCGAUAUGAAGGGUUCGGUGAAAUAAUGGGAACACUUGCAAGAAUUGGUCUGUUCAGCACAGAAUCUCAUUCAGAUCUUACAUCUAAACAAAGACCCACAUUCAAAAAAUUCCUUUGCCAACUGCUAAAUAUUCAUAAUGAGAUUCUAUUAGGAGAGAAGAACAUCGCAGAAAAGAUCGUCGCACUUGGACAUUGCAAGGAAAAAGAAGCUGCAGUAAAGGCAGCCAAAACUAUUAUAUAUUUGGGACUACAUGAGCAGACAGACAUCCCUGCCUUGUGUCAAAGUCCAUUUGAAGUUGCCUGUUUUCGCAUGGAAGAAAGGUUGACGUAUUCCAGUGAAGAGCAGGAUAUGGUGCUUUUGCAUCACGAAAUUGAGGUUGAAUUUCCUGAUGGCAAGUGUACCGAGCAUCAUACAGGCACUUUACUGGAAUUUGGAACAACGAAGAACGGGAAAACAAUUACUUCCAUGGCUGUCACAGUUGGUAUACCAGCGGCAAUUGGGGCUCUGCUCCUACUUGAAAACAAGAUCAAGACAAGAGGGGUUGUAAGGCCUAUUGAACCCGAAGUUUACAUGCCAGCACUUGAAAUUUUACAAGCACAAGGCAUCAGAUUGAUGGAGAAGGUGGAGUAACCUAAACUAUUUGGCUGACCUUGCGAUAUGUUGCCAAUGGAAGACAAUCCCAAAACUCCACACGUCUCAUCAAACAAUGAGAAGAAAAUUUGAAAAGAGAAGUUCUUAGAAGAUACAGGUAGCUAGCUUGGGCAACAAGGCACCAGUUUGGUCGGUAUCUGGCAAAGAUAAUAGGCAUUUAUGCUGUUGGCUUUUAUUGUUAUAAAUCUCAGCAUGUAAAUCUUUCAUUUUAUAUUUGUCUGUAUGUGUAUAUUGUUUACAUAUUAUUAUAAUAUAUGAAAAAGAAAAAUUGUGAA